AACACACCAAUCACGUUAGGUCGAUACCGAUGCGUGCCGACGCUUAACUCCCAAUUCGGCUUUCCCCCUCCAACUCCAUCUCUGUCUCUGCAACUCUGCCGCAGAAUUCUCCAAUGGCGGCCCUCGCCCGCCUCUUCAAACCCCAAUUCCCAUCUCUACUCAGGCGAUCACUUUCCACCACCACCACCACUGCCACCGUUUCCGAAAUCCAGCCUCAACGUCAACGUCCCAAUUCUUCCAUUCUAUUCCCGCUUACUGAUGAUCCCAAGGGUUCUAGGAAUUUCCAGUGGGUGUUUCUAGGUUGCCCCGGCGUCGGAAAGGGAACAUAUGCCGGUCGACUAUCCUCUCUUCUCGGUGUCCCUCACAUCGCCACCGGUGAUCUCGUUCGUGAAGAGUUAUCUUCCUCUGGCCCUCUUUCCCAUCAGCUCAAGGAGAUAGUAAAUCAAGGGAAGCUGGUUUCAGAUGAAAUCAUAUUCAACUUAUUGUCGAAGAGACUCGAAGCUGGAGAAUCAAAAGGUGAAUCAGGAUUCAUUCUAGAUGGUUUUCCACGAACAAUAAGACAAACUGAAAUUCUUGACGAGGCGACGGAAAUUGAUCUAGUGAUAAAUCUGAAACUGAGGGAAGAUGUAUUGAUUGAGAAAUGUCUGGGACGAAGGAUAUGCAGCGACUGUGGAAAAAGUUUCAAUCUGGCUUCAAUCAAUGCAAAGGCAGAAAACGGUUAUCCAGAAAUCACCAUGGCUCCGCUUCUUCCACCUCCACAGUGUUCAUCGAAGCUCAUUACUCGUGCUGAUGACACUGAACCAGUCGUCAGGGAGCGGCUUCGUAUCUACAAGGAACAGAGUGAACCAGUGGAGGAUUAUUACAGAAAGCAAGGGAAGUUAAUGGAGUUUGAUCUUCCCGGAGGGAUCCCGGAAUCAUGGCCAAAGCUGCUGGAAGCCCUUAACCUAGACGACUACGGUGACAAAAGGUCAGCGGCGGCGUAGUUGAUCGAGUAAAAUAUCUGUCAAAUAACACAACAGGUGGCUAUCCAAGUUUAUACCGUAAAAAAUUACACAAGUUAUAAAACUCUUAAUUUUGGUGGCACUUCAUUCUUAUUGGAAUUUUUUUGAAAUAAUGUAUUUUCUGU